AUGGCAACACUUAAAAAAAGAAUUUUACAAAAUAUAAGUCAAACUGAAACAGUAUCAUCAAUAUCAGAAACAACAAAUCAACCUCAAGAACAUACAACAACAACUUUAAUUCUUAAUAAUAAAAAUCAAUCAAUACCUCCGUCAGCUCACAAAGUUCGUCUUGUUGAAUUUAAAACAACUUAUCGUCGUUUUACUGAUCUUGUUAAACGUUUAAAAACAUUAAAAACACUACGAGAAUAUAAUGAAGUUCUUGUUGAAUUUACUGAUCGACUUAUUCUCUUUCAAAAUUGUAUUGAUGAUUGUAUAACAAUAUUAAUACAACAUAUUUUUGAUGCGACUGAUCCAUUAAUUCAAGUUGCUUUUAUUAAUACAUUAACAGUUGUAGAACAACAAUAUCCAACUAGUUCAGAAAAACAUAUCAAUGAAUUACUUAAUUUGGGCAAACAAACCAAAUCUAUUAAAGUAGCAAGUGCUUUGUUAAGUUAUUUUUCUAUGAUACCAAUAUCAUCAUUGAUUGAUAAAAAUGCUUUAGUUCGUUUUGCUAUUCAAUAUUCAACUAAUACUCAUGUUCGAGUACAAUUAUGCGCAUUUAAAUUACUGAGUACACUUGGUCGAAUUACAGAUCUUGAAUCAUCAUUGCAAUUAUCAAUUAUUAAUAAAUUACUUCAAGCUAUUGAACACGAUGAUGCUCGUGUUCGAGCUGAAGCUUUACGUGCAAUUGUAGGUUUACUUAAAUGUAAAGUUGGCCUUGAUUCCAAACAUUAUAGUUCAUUUGUUGAAUGUUUACAAGAUUAUUAUGCUGAAGUACGAUUAGCUGCAUGUGAAGCAUUGUUUCUUCUUGCUAUUAAUGCUCCAGAUAGUAUUGUUCCGUCGGGACUAUCCAAUGAUGAAUCAUCGAAAUUAAUUAAUGAAAUAUUUCGACUUAUUUGUGAUUUAACCAAUGAUGAAGCAAAAAUUGUACGAAUACAAGCUAUGAAAAUGAUUGGACAAUUAUGUCGAAAUGGUGUUGAUAUUAGUUUAAUUCAUCAAACACUUGAUAAAAAACUUCUAAGAAUAACUAAAAAGAAAGAAUUUAUUGCAAAAGUUGAACAAUUAGGUAGUGAAAUGGAUGAUAUAACAGUACAUGAUGUUACAGUUGACGUUCAAUCAGCAUCAAUUACAGCAAUAGGCCCAUGUGGUGCUUUAAUUAGUGGACUGGAAGAUGAAUAUUCAGAUGUUCGUGCUGCAGCUAUUGAUUCUUGUUAUGAUAUAUCAUGUUGUUAUGAUGUAUUUCAAUCAAAACUUGUUGAAUAUAUUGUAUCAAUGUUUGAUGAUGAUAUAGAACAUGUACGAUUACAAGCAAUGCGCAUCUUAGGUAAAAUAGCUCGAGGACGUGUAUUAAGUGGUGAACAAGUUUUAUCAAUUUUGACUGAAUUACUCAGUCGCUCUUAUGAUAUUCGUUCAGCAUUACAUGAUAUUUUACGAGUAGUACGUAUUGGUGAUCCAGAUACAUUAUUUAAAUUAUUUCAUCGUCUUGUGGAAAAUAUUCAACGAUUUAAAACAGAUACUCAUUCAGUUCUUAGAUGUCUACGUGAAUUAGGACAAAAUAACAGUGCAUUUAUUGCUUUGCUUUUACCAAAAUUAUUACCAAUGCAUAGUUAUUUAGAUGUUCAAGAGCCUCAAUUUUCAAAAAUUGAUCAUACUUGUGCUUUAAUUUUGGUUCUUAAUGCUGCUUUGCAUCAUCCAUCAAUUGUUUCUGUCCUUCCUGAUUAUGUUUUUCGACAUUAUAGCUAUUUAAGAACAAAAGAACCAGAAUUAACACCAAAUCUUCAAAUAAAUUUUUCUCAUGCUCAAUUGACAAAAACAUUCGAUGUUGAUAUUUCACUUCCAGUUACAAUACCUUCAUCACAUGAUGUAUUCGAACGUAUUCUAAAACUUUCUGAACAAAGUCAAGAUUUACAUCCAAGUGAUAGACAAAAAUUCUAUCGAAAUCUUGCUGCAGAAUUACAUAAAGUAGCUGAAAUGGAUAUUGAUCUAUUAGCUAUAUCAGAAUGUAUAUCACUCUAUUAUGAAGUCUUAGCUAUUAUUACUUAUCAAUGUAAUACACGAAAUUGUUUAAAGGCAUUAUCUAUAUGUAAACGUUUAUUAACUGUAUUCCAUGGUUAUUCGGAAAAACAAUUAUUAAUAUUUCAAGAAUUACAUUUAUAUUGUCAUUUAUUUCUUAUUUCAAUUCAAACAAAAUUAACUACGAAUGUUCGUCAAAGAUGUUAUAAACAUAUUCAAUGGCAACGAGAAAAAUUAAAAACUCAUGAUGAACAACAAAAAGAUAUUGAUGAAAAAAUUUUACAUACAAAUUUAAUUGCUUAUGCUCAACAGUAUAUUUCUAUUAUGUCAAAAAAUGUUUUAUCUAAUAAAACAAAUUUUUUUAAAGCUAAUGAUUCAAUACGUAUGGUAUCUGUAAAAUUUCUUGAACCAGAAUCAAAUAUUGAACAAGUAUUAGAAUUUUUACCUGGUUUAUCAGUAUCAAUAUCUUGCUUAAUGAAUGCAAAAAAUCUUGAUCAACAACAACAUAUUAAUAUUAAAGUGACUUAUUUAGAUGGACAAUAUUGUUUAUUACCAAUUAAUGAUGAUAAUAUUCGAACAUUAACUGAAGAUAAUUCAUUACGUAUUGAUUCAAAAGUUACAUUUUCACAUCAGCAUUGGCUUCGUCCAUGUUAUGCAACAUUUUCUGUUGUAUUAUUUCCAAUACGAUCUCAAUGUUUCGUUAUGGAUAUAAAUGAUGAAUUUGUUGAAAUAACACGUCCAAUACGUGUUUUACUUCAUCCAAAAUAUCUUCGACAUCGUUUACGUAAAAAACAAAGUAUUGAUGAACAAAGUACAAUGUCAGCAACCACAGUUGAACAACUGGAUAUAGCUGAUGAUGAUAAUGAUGAACAUGAAACUGAAUGGUUAGAUGAAACUGGUGUCGAUGAAGAAGAAACUGGACAUAUGGAUGAUGAUGAAUCUGAAAUGGAUACAAGUCAAGAUGAUGAACAAAUUGAAUCUGUAGAAAGACGAAAAACACUUGAUAGUGAUGAAGAUGAAGAAAUGUCUUAUUAA